GGAUGACUCAGUGCAAUAGUCGGGGGAAUGAAGACCUUGUAUGUCUUCACGAAAUUUCUAAGUCUCGUAAUUUGGAUCGAGGUUUCUCAAUGUUUGCGUUCAACAGCAACUCCAAAUACCCUACUUCAAGAGGCAAACGCAACAACAUCUCCAAAGAACACACCAGAAAUUUCAACAGCAACUCCAAGGAUUCCACUUGAAGUGAACACGUCGAUAUCGACAGAAACUUCAACGGAGUCAUCGUCGAAAAAGUCAUCCUCCGAUCAUGUAACCACAUUUUCCACUAGUACUUCAUUCACUUCGGUCUCCCUGAAAACAUCUGCAAAUACUACAAAGAUGACAAGAGACGUGACCGAAGUCAGUGUGGUAUCUUCGAACAGGACCUCUCUACCGGGCGUACAGUCGACAACAUUCAUAGGAUCGACAGUGCAAGCCAAUGGUAAAUCAAAAACAACAGCAUAUCUGAGGGUCCAGCCAGAGAUUGUAACAACAACCCCAACAGCAACUCCAAGGAUCCCACUCGAAGAGAAAACUACAGUAUCUGAAAGGGUCCAGCCAGAGAUUGUAACAACAACCCCAACAGCAACUCCAAGGAUCCCACUCAAAGAGAAAACUACAGUAUCUGAAAGGGUUCAGCCAGAGAUUGUAACAACAACCCCAACAGCAACUCCAAGGAUCCCACUCGAAGAGAAAACUACAGUAUCUGAAAGGGUCCAGCCAGUGAUUGUAACAACAACCCCAACAGCAACUCCAAGGAUCCCUCUCGAAGAGAAAACUACAGUAUCUGAAAGGGUCCAGCCAGAGAUUUUAACAACAACCCCAACAGAAACUCCAAGGAUCCCACUCGAAGAGAAAACUACAGUAUCUGAAAGGGUCCAGCCAGAGAUAGUAAUAGCAACUCCAACAGAAACUCCAAGGAUCCCACUCGAAGAGAAAACUACAGUAUCUGAAAGGGUCCAGUCAGAGAUUAUAACAACAACCCCAACAUCUCAAAAAUCCCCAUCAGAAGUUAAGACAUCAAAAGCGCUGAUAUCGACAGAAAGUUCAACGGAGUCAUCGUCGAAAAAGUCAUCCGAUCAUGUAACCACAUUUUCCACUAGUACGUCAUUCACUUCGGUCUCCCAGAAAACUUCUGCAAAAACCACAACUUCAAAUUCCAAAUUACCAAUAAGAUCUACUAAAAACUCUCCAUCAACUUCAUCAAAAAGACCCAGGACAACACCAAAGACGGUUGAAGAUGUAACUGAAGGGAGCGUGCUAUCAACGAACAAGACCUAUCUACCAACUGUCCAACCAACAACGUUCAUAGGAUCGGCUGUGCAGGCCGAUGAAAAAUCAAGCACUCACCCGAAAUCAACAAAACAUGCAACGUACAAAGGUUCAUCGGAUAUAAAAGUUUCAGUUUCUGGAAUGUCUAUAGAGGAACCAAAAACAUCAUUCUUAUCGAUCGAGAAAUCGAAAGAGAGCACCUCAUCCGGUAGUGAUCACAGUACCAAAUUUUCCACUAGUACUUCAUUUUCUCAUGCCACUACAUCAAAUUCCAGAGUACCAAUAGGAUCUACUAAAAACUCUCCAUCAACUUCAUCAAAAAGACCCACGACACCACCAAAGACGGUUGAAGAUGUAACUGAAGCGAGCGUGCUAUCAACGAACAAGACCUAUCUACCAACUGUGCAACCAACAACGUUCAUAGGAUGGGCUGUGCAAGCCGAUAAAAAAUCAAGCACACAUGGGAAAUUGCACAAAACAUCAACUCACAAAAGCAUCAAGGAGAAAGAGUUUACAAAUAAAUCGGAAACGUCUACAGAGGAGACUAAAACAUCUGAAAAAUCGAGCGAAACAUCUGAAACAGUUACUGAGAAUAGAUACACAACAUCUGUGCAAACUGAAAGCCCAACCUUUGUCAAUGAUAUUGACAACAUCAAAGAGCAGCCCAUGACGAAAGUUGUCUCCACAAACACAUCCUUGACUCUGGAGACCAAGACAAAGCUUCCUACAACAAACGCACCCACGACAAAAGAAUCCUCUACAAAGACUCCCACAAAAAAGGCGCCCACAACUGCGACCAAAACAAAGGUGCCAACAGAUAAGCCGACAACAGAGAAGCCGACAACAAAGAAGCCGACAACAAAGAAAUCCACAACAGAGAAAUCCAAAACAGAGAAGCCCACAACAGAGAAGCCCACGACAGAGAAGCCUACAACAGAGAAGAUCACAAUAGAGAAGACCAAACCAGAGAAGCCGACAACAAAAAAGCCGACAACAAAGAAAUCCACAACAGAGAUGUCCACAACAGAGAAGCCGACAACAAAGAAAUCCACAACAGAGAAAUCCAAAACAGAGAAGCCCACAACAGAGAAGCCCACGACAGCGAAGCCGACAACAGAGAAGAUCACAAUAGAGAAGACCAAACCAGAGAAGCCGACUACAGAAAAGCCGACAACAAAGAAAUCUACAACAGAGAAAUCCAAAACAGAGAUGUCCACAACAGAGAAGCCGACAACAAAGAAAUCCACAACAGAGAAAUCCAAAACAGAGAAGCCCACAACAGAGAAGCGCAAGCCCACGUCAGUGAAGCCUACAACAGAGAAGAUCACAAUAGAGAAGACCAAACCAGAGAAGCCGACAACAGAAAAGCCGACAACAAAGAAAUCCACAACAGAGAAAUCCAAAACAGAGAUGUCCACAUCAGAGAAGCCGACAACAAAGAAAUCCACAACAGAGAAAUCCAAAACAGAGAAGCCCACAACAGAGAAGCCGCCAACAAAGAAAUCCACAACAGAGAAAUCCAAAACAGAGAAGCCCACAACAGAGAAGCGCAAGCCCACGUCAGAGAAGACUACAACAGAGAAGAUCACAAUAGAGAAGACCAAACCAGAGAAGCCGACAACAGAAAAGCCGACAACAAAGAAAUCCACAACAGAGAAAUCCAAAACAGAGAAGCCCACAACAGAGAAGCGCAAGCCCACGUCAGUGAAGCCUACAACAGAGAAGAUCAAAAUAGAGAAGACCAAACCAGAGAAGCCGACAACAGAAAAGCCGACAACAAAGAAAUCUACAACAGAGAAAUCCAAAACAGAGAAGCCCACAACAGAGAAGCCCACGAAAGAGAAGCCUACAACAGAGAAGAUCACAACAGAGAAGACCAAACCAGAGAAGCCGACAACAAAGAAGUCCACAACAGAGAAAUCCAAAACAGAGACCACAACAGAGAAGCCGACAACAGAGAAGACAAAAACAAUGAAGUCCACAACAGAAAAGUCCACAACAGAGAAGCCCAAAACAGAGAAGGCUACAACAGCGAAGUUCACAACAGAGAAGUCAACAACAGAGAAGUCCACAACAGAGAAGCCUACAACAGAGAAGCCCAAAACAGAAAAGGCUACAACAGAGGAGUCAACAACUAAAAAGUCCAAAACAGACAAGCCCAAAACAGAAAAGCCAACGACAGGGAAGCCCACAACAGAGAAGAUCACAACAGAGAAGAACAAAAAAGAGAAGCCGACAACAAAGAAAUCCACAACAGAGAAAUCCAAAACAGAGAAGCCCACAACAGAGAAGCACAAAACAGAAAAGGCUACAACAGAGAAGUCCACAACGAAGAAGUCCACAACAGAGGGGUCAACAACAGAGAAGCCCAAAAUAGAAAAGGCUACAACAGAAAAGCCAACGACAGAGAAGCCUACAACAGAGAAGAUCAUAACAGAGAAGGACAAAACAGAGAAGCCGACAGCAAAGAAAUCCACAACAGAGAAAUCCAAAACAGAAAAGCCCACAACAGAGAAGCCUACAACAGAGAAGAUCACAAUAGAGAAGACCAAACCAGAAAAUCCGACAACAGAGAAGCCGACAACAAAAAAAUCCAAAACAGAGAUAUCCAAAACAGAGAAGCCCACAACAGAGAAGCCGAUAACAAAGAAAUCCACAACAGAGAAAUCCAAAACAGAGAAGCCCACAACAGAGAAGCCCACGAGAGAGAAGCCUACAACAGAGAAGAUCACAACAAAGAAGACCAAACCAGAGAAGCCGACAACAAAGAAGUCCACAACAGAGAAAUCAAAAACAGAGAAGCCCACGACAGAGAAGCCUACAACAGAGAAGAUCACAACAGAAAAGACCACAACAGAAAAGCCGACAACAGAGAAGACAAAAACAAUGAAGUCCAUAAUAAAGAAGUCCACAACAGAAAAGUCCACUACAGAGAAGCCCAAAACAGAGAAGGCUAGAACAGAGAAGUUCACAACAGAGAAGUCAAAAACAGAGAAAUCCAAAACAGAGAAGCCCACAACAGAGAAGCCGACAACAAAGAAAUCCACAACAGAGAAAUCCAAAACAGAGAAGCCCGCGACAGAGAAGCCUACAACAGAGAAGACCAAACCGGAGAAGCCGACAACAGAGAAGCCGACAACAAAGAAAUCCACAACAGAGAAAUCCAAAACAGAGAAGCCGACAACAGAGAUGCCCACGACAGAGAAGCAUACAACAGAGAAGAUCACAACAGAGAAGACCACAACAGAGAAGCCGACAACAGAGAAGACAAAAACAAAGAAUUCCACAACAAAGAAGUCCACAACAGAAAAGUCCACAACAGAGAAGCCUACAACAGAGAAGCCAACAACAGAAAAGUCCACAACGAAGAAGUCCACAACGAAGAAGUCAACAACAGAGAAGCUCGAAACAGAGAAACCAACAACAGAGAAGCCCAAAACAGAGAAGGCUACAACGAAAAAAUCCAGAACAGAGAAGUCCAAAACAGAGAAGGCUACAACAGAGAAGUCAACAACAAAAAAGUCCACGACAGAGAAGUCCACAACAAAGAAGCCCACAACAGAGAAGCCUACAACAGAGAAGACCACAACAGAGAAGACAACAACAGAGAAGCCGACAUCAGAGAAGCCUACAACAGAGAAGACCACAACAGAGAAGCCUACAACAGAGAAGCCUACAACAGAGAAACUAACAACAGAGAAGACCACAACAGAGAAGCCUACAACAGAGAAGCAUACAACAGAGAAGCCUACAACAGAGAAACUAACAACAGAGAAGACCACAACAGAGAGGUCCACAAUAAAUAAAUCCUCAACAGGAAAGUCCACAAUAAAUAAGUCUGAAACAGAGAAGCCCACAGUAAAGAAGUACACCAUAGAGAAGUCAACAAUAAAGAAUUCCACCACAGAGAAGCCCAAAACAGAGAAGCAGACAAUCAAUGACAUCACCGAGCCAGAAGAGUCCAAAAAUUCAACAGUGGCCCUGUCGAAAUCGUCCGAAUCAUCAGGAGAAAAUCCGAGCAAUACUGCACUUCAUUUUCUUCUUAUCGUUAUAGCUGUUGCUGGAACUGGUUCUCUCAUAUACAUCGGCCUGAUCGAGUCUGUUUCAAAAAGGCCAGCACCUUCAGCCCUAAUGGUUGAUCCAACAAUUUCAAAUGUCUAAAUAUCAUAAUAUUAGAUAUCAAUCUCUCAUCUGAUAAUUGUCAUAAUUAUUCAUAAUUAUACUCGACCAAUUUUUAGAUAUUGAACAAAACCUGGUUUAAGGAAAUAAUAAUUGUAUAUAAUUUAUUCCAUUUAAAGUUUGCUGACUUAACAAUAAUUGCACUACAUAGAAAUUUUAGGAGCAUGUGUAAUUUGUUCAAGAGUAUAAUAAUUGAGUAAUUGAUAUUAAUUGUAAAUUACGGGAAUAUGUUGUUAGAUAUGCAAAUAAUAUGAACAUAUCGUUAAAUAUGCGAUUUGUAAAUGGUAGUCGUGCCUCAUUGACAAUAUUACUAUAGAUGACAAUAUUAUUGUGAUGUUACAAGACUUAUUGAAUGAGAACUGGCAAUGAAACUGUUUUAAAGAAUGCCUGUAUUUACAUGACGAGCCAUAACGACUGAAAGCUUUGCAAGUAAGAAAGAUCCUUCGGCUUCCUGUAAUUGGCUGGUUGCACUUGUGUAACAUUGUGGCUGUUGGAAUACACCGAAGUAAAAUAAGUGUCUAGAUUAAAAAAAAAAAAAAAAAGUACAAGUAGAUCAAGUUUCAAGUUUUGUGAAUGUUUUGCGACCUGUGUCUGACCAGUCUACGAUAUGAUUUUAUAUUUUUCUGAGACAAUAAUUUAAUUUUAGCUUAGUAGUGAUAGA